ACAGGGUUACAACUGGACCAGAGACUUGGACAGUGAGGAGCUAUUGGAACAGUUGCUAUAUUGACUUGUUGGUUGCCGGGAGAGAUGAGGGGAAAAAGGAAAAUGACGGAAGCUAGUAAUGAGGAUAAGAAAGAUGAUAGCAGAGCUUACUUUACUUGGAACUUGGAGAUGGACCGUGCACUUGCUGAUAUACUUAGAGAUCAAAGAAGCAUGGGAAACAAGAGUGAUGGUGCAUGGAAAGGAGUGGCAUAUAACACUGCGGCUCAAAUGUUGUCUUCACGCUUCAAUUUGCAACUUAUUGGAGAGAAUGUUAAAAACCGCAUCAAGCUGUGGAGAUCAUGGUAUGGCAUUGUUAGUGACAUCCUUAGUCAAAGUGGUUUUGAUUGGGAUGGAACCAAAUAUAUGAUUUCUGUUACAAAUGAAGAUGCAUGGAAUGAGUAUGUCAAGUCACAUAAUGACGCUAAGAGGUUCCGAUUUAAGGUGAUUGCUAAUUGGGAUGACAUUGUAGACUUGUGUGCUAAAGAUAGAGCAACGGGAAUUGGAGCAGAGACAUCCUUGGAUGCAGAUGACAUCAUGAGCAAAGAAGCAAAUGAGGAUGGAGCUUAUAUUGUGGAUAUUGAUGCUGAUGAACAAAGCUCUACAACAAGGAAAAGCAAACAACCAAUGGAAUUCAAAAAGGGAAAAAGUGGAGAAAAGAAUGGGAUAAUUACUUCAAUGAAUAAAGUGGCUGAGUCAUUGAGUGAAUUUGUACAAGCAACUAGAAAAGGGGUGAAAAAUGUCCAAGAAGUGGUUCAUGAUGUGAUGGAUGAGCUAAAGAACAUUCCGGACCUUAAUGGCACUCAAUGGCUAAAAGCAGUGGAUUGGCUUUCAGAAAAUCCAAAUAAGUUGGAGAUUUUGAAAGCUCUUCCCAUUGAGAGAAAGAAAGAUUACAUCUUAGCUUUUAUGCACUGAUUCGUGAUUUGCUAUAGUUUAUGGACCCAUUUGUAGUGUUUCCAACUUUCCACUAUGCCACUGUUGAGACUUUCUUUUAUUUAAUUUUCAUUUGGAUUGAUGUUAGCACUUGUUACUGUUGAGACUUUUUUUUAUUUAACUUU